ACACAAGCUUCGGCUCCAACAUUCAUCCUACAUCUUCAUCCUCAACCACUCAAGACAAGAUGUCAUCUCCAAUAAAACCACCAAGCGCUCUUCAGCCGUUGACCGAUCACCUCAACGCCAUCCUUUUGAAUCCCUCUGACACGCCACUCGACACAGGUCUCGUGGAGACCUUCACCGCACAGUUAACGGGUCUGUCGAUAAUCUGCAGCAACUACUUGGGCUGGCUGGCUAACAUCUUGGCUCAACAGAGGGCCAGUUAAAACUUCUUGUUCCUUCGUUGGUCCCACUCAUUUCGUCUACAUUGUUUGUUCUCCAUGAGGAUCCCUCACCUCUAACGACGCUGCUACGGAGCUUACUGUCUACAACCUCCUUCUCCGAGAUCCUCCCACUAGCGACGCCAGAGAUCAUACUACAAACACUGUCUGCACCAGUCCCCCCAAUUCAACUUUUAGGGAUUGCUUUACUCCAGAAGGCGGCACUUGCGGUCUCAGACGCCGGGAUUGUCGCCUCGUGGACGGAUGUCAUCAAGAAGCUUCUUGAGCUUAUGCUAGCUUCUGAGGAUACCGGAAUAUCCUCUAAGUCGCUGGAUCUUUUGCUAAGCUUGCUCAAAGUCGACUCGCCUAAAGCCAAUGGAACCGGCUUGGUUUGGCGCAGGAUAUUGGAGGAUAGAGGGGUUUACGAACUAUUCUUCAAAUUGUGUUCCUGGGAUGGAGAUGCUCUUCCUGGGGGGAAACGUGGCAAAACCGAAGGGCAGGGAAGAUUAUUGGAAUUUGUCGCGAAACUGGCCGAGCUUGAUUUCAGUGCUAUCGUAGCUUCUCGGUUUCCAGAGAUUGAGGAGAAAUUCAGCAUUAGUGCGGAUGACCCGUGUCGGGGGUUACUGGACUUUGCUGCGAGGCACGCGGUUCGGGUGGAUGACGAUGUGAUGAUGCAUAUGCUCUUGUUAGAUUUUUAUGCCGCAUUACUGAGUUCCGCUGGCUCUGCCCAAGCAUCUGCCGAGAGGCCUUUGGAUUACCUCCAUAAAUCCGGACUCCACGAGUCAACAAUCGGAAGAUACUUGGCACCGGAGGCGCACUCUGAUGAUUUUGAUGAUUUUCUCACUCAAAAUUUCCUCGAAUCCAAGGCGGCCGAAUACAUAGCUACGUUCGCCUCGCUACAUGCGAAGGAGCUUCUCGCAGAACCUGCACCAGCAAUCCCUGAUAGCAGGCAACCCAAAAGAAGGCGCACGUCGGAUACACCGACACGCGCCAAUCCCAAACCACUAACACAGGCUCUCCUCGAGAGAAUACAAUUCUGUAUAGAGGAGUGCCCACAACAUCCACACUCCCCGUCGUUAAGAAUUCUCAAAUCCCUUCCACCCAGCCUCCUGAUCACCUCCUAUCCUGCUUCCGUCGUUUCCAAGAUACCCCUAUCUCCCCCUCAGGCCGCAUACAUCAGCGCGCUUUCAAGCCUAUUCGCUACCAGAGAGAUCUACUUCGCAUAUUCUGACGCGCAUCCUGAACUCUGGCAAACCCUGCUGAAAUACGCUUCGACGCCUGCCCUCUGUAAUGAAGCGCUAGCAAGUCUGGAUCUUAUAGAAAAGCUAAGCCAGAACGGUGUCUGGGGCCUACGCGAAGUACUGGAGUCACCCGGGGUGAUGACAUACUUGAUAACUCCUAACUCAAGAUAUGCUGCCGGUGGCGGUGACCCCGAGAGCUCAGUCUUCAAAAUAUCGGUGAAAAAAUGGGAAACCUUGAAUGCUAUAGAGAGGGCGCUGGGGGAGUGGAGGGAUGAAGUCCCUGGCGCUAUAGGGUGGGGGGUAGUUAUAGCUGAACGGGCUCGGACCGGUGUUUGGGGAAGCAGGGCGGGAGGGGAAGUUGCUACCGCUGAGAUGUAGUUAUCUUUUCGACUAGAUUCUUUUCACUUGACUAGGGGUAAAUUUCAUAGGUGGCUAUCGUUUGAAGUAUUAAUAUCAUUAUCC